GUUAUCAUUACAAACAUGCCUGUCAUUAGUCGUGCAAGGCUCAGGCUCAGUUUUAAUCAGUCUUCAACGUUCAACGUCUGGAACGUCCCGUCGAGGCGCAAAUGCGAUACAGUGUGAUAAUUUGCCGACUGGGCGAGAGUGCAUGCGCUUGGCGCUCUUUGUCGCCUGCUUACCGCCGUCGAGCGCUAUCUCUCGAGCGAAGCCAUACAUCAUUUUAUCUUCGCCUCAUCGAACCACGAUGCUGAGCGCUGGGACCACAUUUCUGUGUGUGUCUUUGCUGUGUUUUUCUUCGCUCUGCAUCUUGGCCGACGACAAGAGGGAGGCAGUUCUCGAGGAAGCCAGACAGGUGCCGAAGCAGGAUGUGGAGGAGGUGAGUCUAGAAGACCGGAGCGCGCAGAUCAUCCGUGCACAAGAUGCUGAGGAAGGGGCAGAAAACCCAUGGCGCGACGAAGAUUUAGGGGAUGUUGCAGAGCCGUCUGGCAUCCAGGAGAGUACACAGUGCAUGUCCCCCUCUCCACCUGACAAUGGCUUCAUCGCUGGAAGCGACUUCCGCGAAGGAGCGAGAGUGCACGUGCUGUGUGAAGAAGGUUACGUCCUGACGGGCCCCAGCGAGCUCACGUGCAUCGCCUGCACCUUCUGCAGCAGCGGCGGCAUCUGGUCGCCAGAAGAGAAGUACUCGUGCGAACCCAGGAAUCCAAGCCUCGUUGAAAUACGUCCUCUGAAGGAUGCGGUGGAGGACAAAACACACCCUGUCUACAGAAUACAAGAAACCACACCCUCCUGCCCUCCACCAAAACCACCCGCACAUGGCCACUCCAGGGCAGCAACUACAGUCUUGAUGCCUCUGUACACAUCUUCUGUGACCCUGGCUAUACUCUGAGUGGCCAAGAUCACAUCACGUGUCUACGAGUUCCAGAUCCUUUCAAAAACGUCGUCGCUUGGGAGCCGAU